AGCUUAUCAGGCGGCGCAGGCUGCACAGCAGAGAUGAACGCUUCUCCACUUAGGAAAAUGCUGAUGAGCAGCUGUGGGUUUCCAAAACUCUUUAUCCCAACACCCUUGUCCUCUUGAAUAAACCGAGAAAGACAGAAAGACGUGAGAGCAGCUCUAAAACUUUCCAUCCUAAGAUAUUAAGAUGAGCUCAGACCCAGUGGAGCAGUCGGAGGCUCCGGCUGACCAGAAAGAGCGAAACGGAAUAGACUUUAAUCGACAGAUUAAAACAGAGGACCUCAACGACUCCCCUCAUUCAACGUCCUCAGUGAAGACAUGCCACCUCACACAGAGCUCUCCAGUGCAUGGGAGUCAGUUGACUGGGGAGCUCACCUCCCUCCAUCCAAUGCAGCAGCUUGUUCUGAUGCCACCCUCUCACUUGUCGACUCCAUCCCCCUUCCUCCUCUCCCAGAGUCCCUCCAACCAUCAAGCCCUCCUGCAGCCAAACUUGCUGUCCCUUCCUGGACAGAGUCCACCGGGUCUUCUUCAGCAUCAGUCUGGGUUAGCUCUGACUCCCCAGGCUAUGAGUCGUUCUGGUUUGGCUGGACCAUCCCUCGAGAACCACAUGGACAUGUCGCACCUGCAGAUGCCCAAACACUUGUCUGUGGCACCACAGGAGGAACCCAAUGAUUUGGAGGAACUGGAGCAGUUUGCCAAAGCAUUCAAACAAAGACGCAUCAAACUGGGCUUCACUCAGGGAGAUGUGGGUCUGGCGAUGGGAAAACUCUAUGGUAAUGAUUUCAGCCAGACAACAAUAUCACGAUUCGAAGCGCUCAACCUCAGCUUCAAGAAUAUGUGCAAGCUCAAACCACUGCUGGAGAAGUGGCUCAGUGAUGCAGAGAAUUCACCCUCUGACUCGAUAAGCACUUCGGCCUCUCUGCCGCCUCUGAUGGAAGGCUACGGACGCAAGCGAAAAAAGAGGACAAGCAUAGAAACAAACAUCAAGUUGACACUGGAGAAACGUUUUCUUGACAAUCCAAAGCCCAACUCAGAGGAGAUAACCCUAAUUUCUGAGCAACUUUCCAUGGAGAAGGAGGUGGUUCGAGUUUGGUUCUGUAAUCGUCGUCAAAAGGAGAAAAGGAUCUACUGUCCUGUAGCUACUUUACCAGUCAAAUCACACAGCUACAACUCCAGAAUGGCCUCAACUUCAAGGUCCUACAGCCCUUUGGCUUCAGGUGGAGUUUCUUCAAAUUCAUCCCCAAACAGCACGAGUCGGGAACCGUCUCCCAACAGUCUAUCUGCAGCUUCAGUUGCUUUGACCUCUCAGGUCAACCCAGCUUCCUACAGUGCACCGAGUUCUUGGUAUCGCACUUGGAAUCCUGCUGCUUAUCAUCACUGAGUACCACAAACUGUACAUAUGAAGCUUUUGAAGAUUGAUUAACACUCUCCCUGCUUCGAGCAGGGUUACAACUCAAUGCUAUACCAACAAAACAGAUACAUAACACAAACCGGGACUAUAAAGGAUUGGACUUUAAUACACACAUUUCCUGCCAGUUCAUCACUCAUGGAAGAUCCAAGAAGCCAGGAGCUGUUCGAUUAGUGCUUACAGGACUCCUUAUUCGACUGAAAAAUGAAGGAUCAAGAGAAAUAAUCAUCAGAAGUGACAGCAAGAAGUCUCAUGUUUGACUACUCGUGCUAAAAACCCAAAUAAUUGAUUUAAAUGUUGAAGGACUCAUUUGCAGAUUCACUAACAUUACAAAAAAACUAAAAAAAACUGCUUCCUAAGUCAUCUUUGACAAAACUGGUAAUAUGCUGUUAACAGUGGUUAGGUGUGCUAAUAUUUAGUUUAAAUGUUGUUUAUAUAGCCCCAAUUCACAAAAUAAAUUUAAAAGUUAGUCACAUAUUACACAUUAGAUACAGUACAAAUGGAAGGACAAGGGAUAAGAAUACAGAGAUACUGCAUUCUUAUCACUUUAGGAAAAUAUUCUUUGGAAUACAAAAAUGAAAUUAAAACUAGAUCACCUAAUAAUAUUACCAAUGCUGCUUAAGUAAUUUUUCUAAUUUUAAGCAUAAAAUUGGACAAAGUAUCACUUUUUUCCAAACAAGUCUAGUCUAGAAAUAUUAAGAUAUAAACAAUCCAAAUGUGGUUUGAAAUUUACCUUUGAUUAUCCUGAGUAUCUCAAGCUUGCAUUUAUUGUACAUUUCAGACAUUAGCAAAGUUCUAUCUUUAUAUCUGACUUCUUUUUCCAUCAGGAUUAAAAUUAAAGUUUAAGAUUUAAGUUGGAUGGUUUCCUAGCACAGACCAGACUUUUAGGCAUUGUCUGUAAAUUUUUAAGGUUUCUCCAAGUCAUUGUUAUUACAGUAGCUUAAUGUUAGCCUGCACUGUUCAUUCCAAAAGCAAAGUUUUACCUGUUUGACCCAGCUAUAACAUUAAUUUCUAUGAUGAGAGUAUGAAAUUAAAAUGAACACUUUAAUUGGCAGAUAACAGGAACUAGACCUGAAAUAAGGGGUGAAAUUAUAGCUUUACAAGCAAUCAAUUUUCCAGAAAUAAGCUAAUUAAAGCUUCCUUCCACAGUUUUAGAAAACAGUUUUUUAGUGUAAAAAUGAUUAAAAGUAAUUCUGAAAUCUUCCAGCUUAACUUCCAUAACCCACACAGCCCCCUUUUCAGAGAAUGUAAUGUAAUGUCUCCUAUAUGUUUCACUCACUGUGUUUUUGGUUGAAUUUCAAGUGUUUUCACAGCCUAGAUGGCAUGCAGGUAAAAUGAAAGCAUACAAAACUCCUAUUAUUAUUUUUUCAAACGGGUCUACUCUAUAUUAGUUAGUAUUGGUUUAUGGAAAACAGUAGAUCAGCCUGAAUUAGUUAAAAGCAUUUGUAGAAACAGUUGUUUCUUUAUUUUUACAGGAUUUUUUGGUUUGUAAGAAAAAAAUCUCCAUCUUUAAGCUGCAUUUUAGAGCUCAUGAAAAACUGGACAUAAAUUAAGCUUCUCGCUACUUUAUUUUCCACUAUAUAUCCAUUUUUCCCCAUGAAUCGCCUAUCAAUUUCUAUUUGAAGGUCUGACCAUUUCUUCUUUUGUGUUCGAUUUUGGUUUGUAAUUUCUUUUUUCAUUGUUAAUUUGAUGUUUUAUUUAAUUGUAUGGAAUGAUGCUGUGGCAUGGAAAAAAAACAUAUGUCACAGCAUUUGAUAAGGCCAAUUCAGUUAUGAUCUGUAUUGUUACAGUAGGUUC